AAGGAGGCAGGGAGCCGGGAAGGCGGCUGCGGAGGAACGGAGCCGGCUGAAGGGACUCGGCUGUGCCAGGCGGGCAGUGCCAAAUCAGGGGAGCACGGAGCUGGGGGGAGGGCCGGGUACAGCCCAGCCCUGCCCCCUCCCCCCGCGGCGUGCCCAGCAACUUCGGAGCAAAGUUUGGCAAGGACUGCGCUGUGGUGCCCGGAGGAUGGGCAGGAUCCCACUGGCCUGGUGCUUGGUGCUAUGCUGCUGGGGGUGCCUGGCCCCCAGGGGUGCGCAGGCUGAGGAGCACCCCUUUGUGAGAAGCCCAGGGAACGUCACCCGUGCCCGGGGACUCACGGGCACCCUUCAGUGCGAGCUCCGGAUCCAGAGGGAGCCCCCCGAGGUGGUCUGGCUGCGGGAUGGACAGAUCCUGGAGCUGGCGGACAGCACCCAGACCCAGGUGCCCCUGGGCGAAGACGGCCAGGAUGACUGGAAAGUGGUCAGCAAACUCAGAAUCUCAUCCCUGCGGCUGUCGGAUGCAGGGCGGUACCAGUGUGCGGUGGUCCUGGGGGGACAGACUUUUGUGUCUCAGCCUGGCUAUCUGGGGCUGGAAGGCCUACCUUACUUCCUGGAGGAGCCUGAGGACAGGGCUGUGCCUGCCGAUACUCCCUUCAACCUGAGCUGCCGGGCCCAGGGGCCCCCAGAACCCGUGGACCUACUCUGGCUCCAGGAUGCAGCCCCCUUGGCCCCGGCCGUGGGGCAGGGCCCCCAGGACAGCCUGCGUGUUCCCGGCCUGAACAGGACGUCGUCCUUCUCCUGCGAAGCUCAUAAUGCCAAGGGGGUCACCACAUCCCGCACGGCCACCAUUACAGUGAUCCCCCAGCGGCCCCGUGACCUCCACCUGGUUUCUCGCUGGCCUACAGAGCUGGAGGUGGCUUGGACCCCAGGCCUCAGCGGAAUCUACCCCCUCACCCACUGCACCCUGCAGGCAGUGCUGUCAGAUGAUGGGGUGGGCCUCUGGCCAGGACAGCCCGACCCCCCGGAGGAGCCCCUCACCUUGCAAGCAGCCGUGCCCCCUCACCAUCUGCGGCUGGGCAGCCUCUAUCCUCACACCUCUUACCACAUCCGGGUGUCGUGCACCAGCAGCCAGGGCCCCUCGCCCUGGACCCACUGGCUGCCCGUGGCGACGCCGGAGGGAGUGCCCCUGGGCCCCCCCGAGAACGUUAGCGCCGUGCGGAACGGAAGCCAGGCCCUCGUGCGUUGGCAAGAGCCAAAGGCACCCCUGCAGGGCACCCUGCUAGGAUACCGGCUGGCGUAUCGAAGCCAGGACACCCCCGAGGUGCUAAUGGACAUAGGGCUCAAGCGAGAAGUGACCCUGGAGCUGCGGGGAGACAGGCCUGUGCCCAACCUGACGGUGUGUGUGGCAGCCUACACGGCUGCUGGGGAUGGGCCCUGGAGCCUCCCCGUGCCCUUGGAGCCCUGGCGUCCAGGGCAAGGACAGCCAGUCCACCAGCUGGUGAGUGAACCCCCAGCUCCCGCCUUCUCAUGGCCCUGGUGGUAUGUACUGCUGGGAGCAGUUGUGGCCGCUGCUUGCGUCCUCAUCUUGGCCCUCUUCCUUGUCCACCGGCGGAAGAAGGAGACUCGCUAUGGAGAGGUGUUUGAGCCAACAGUGGAGCGGGGUGAGCUGGUGGUCAGAUACCGGGUCCGCAAGUCCUACAGUCGCCGGACUACUGAAGCUACCUUGAACAGCCUGGGCAUCAGUGAAGACUUGAAGGAGAAGCUGCGGGACGUGAUGGUGGACCGGCACAAGGUGGCCCUGGGGAAGACCUUGGGAGAAGGAGAGUUUGGAGCCGUGAUGGAGGGUCAGCUCAACCAGGACGACUCCAUUCUCAAGGUGGCCGUGAAGACGAUGAAGAUCGCCAUCUGCACCAGGUCGGAGCUGGAGGACUUCCUGAGCGAAGCUGUCUGCAUGAAAGAAUUUGACCACCCCAACGUCAUGAAGCUGCUUGGCGUCUGUUUCCAGGGUUCUGAACGAGAAGGCUUCCCGGCACCUGUGGUCAUCUUACCUUUCAUGAAACAUGGAGACUUACACAGCUUCCUCCUCUACUCGCGGCUUGGGGACCAGCCGAUGUUCCUCCCCACGCAGAUGCUGGUGAAGUUCAUGACAGACAUCGCCAGUGGCAUGGAGUACCUGAGUACCAAGAGGUUCAUACACCGGGACCUGGCUGCCAGGAAUUGCAUGCUGAAUGAGAACAUGUCCGUGUGUGUGGCCGACUUCGGGCUUUCCAAGAAGAUCUACAACGGGGACUACUACCGCCAGGGCCGCAUUGCCAAGAUGCCCGUCAAGUGGAUCGCAAUCGAGAGCCUGGCUGACCGCGUCUACACCAGCAAGAGCGACGUGUGGUCCUUUGGGGUGACCAUGUGGGAGAUCGCCACCCGCGGUCAGACGCCGUACCCAGGCGUGGAGAACAGCGAGAUUUAUGACUACCUGCGCCAGGGAAACCGCCUGAAGCAGCCUGCAGACUGUCUGGAUGGACUGUAUGCCCUGAUGUCCCGGUGCUGGGAGCUGAACCCCCGAGACCGGCCAAGUUUUUCAGAGCUGCGGGAAGACCUGGAGAACACGCUGAAGGCCCUGCCCCCUGCCCAGGAGCCUGACGAAAUCCUCUACGUCAACAUGGACGAGGGCGGAGGUCAUUCCGAGCCCCGUGGAGCUGCCGGAGGAGCAGAGCCGCACACCCAGCCCGACCCGAAGGACUCCUGCAGCUGCCUUACGGCCGCGGAGGUCCAUCCUGCCGGACGCUACGUCCUCUGCCCUUCCACGGCUCCUGGCCCUGCUCUGCCUGCCGACAGGAGCUCCCAAGCACCCCCGGCACAGGAGGAUGGAGUCUGAGAUGACCCUCUACCCAGAACUUCCUCUCAGGAUCCAAGCUAGGCACUGCCACUGGGGGAAGCCCCCUCCCCACUCUCCCACCCUAGGUUUCUCCCCACUGCAGCCCUGUCUUCCUGCCACCCCCCUCCAUCCGGACAGACCCUUGCCUUCCCUGUACCACAGCACCCCCACCUGUAGGAGGAAGGGGUUCGACUGCAGUCUCUCAAGGUACUCCCAGGCCUUUGCAUUCCGAGACUCGGGACUCUAAGGGUUAAGGAGUCUCGAUGCCGAGGUUCUGGGUUUCAGAGAUACUACGAGUUCUUGGUUCUAAGGACCUGAAAUUCCAACGUCUCUAACUCAAAAGUGCUCAAGUUCUCAGCAAGGAAGUUCUAAGGCUGUGAGAUUGUGUGGUUCUAGAUUUUCUGGUUCUAAGAUUCUUGAUAAGACCCCAAGAUUUUAGGUUCUAAAGCUCUAGAUUUUGCUUUUCUAAUGGUAUGUAUGUAAGAAUGUAGAUUCUGUAAUUCUAGACAUGGAGGUCCUAAGGCCUAUAUUUCUAAAAGCUGACAUUCUAAGGCUCUCAGAUCUAAAUCCUUUAACCAUAAGAGUCUGGACACGAAGGCUUCAAAACAUUGUCUCCUCAAGGUUUGAUAUCCUAAUGGACUCUGAGGUCAUAGAUGAUCCAGGAUUCUAGAAUCUGCAACUCAGAAGUUCUAAGAGUCUAAAGAUGGACGUUCUGUGGUCUCAUGUCCUAAGAUGUGACAUCCUAAGACUUAGUCUCGGAAUCUAAGAUUCUAGAUCAUAUGCUCCAGGAGUCUGGAUGUUAAUCCCUGAGAUCCUGAUGCCGGUCUAGCCUGUGUUUCAGGGCACUCUAGGGUCUGUUGGUCCAAGAUUCUGCAUGCAGGACUCUCACCGGUAGCCAUGACUAACUAGACUCCAAAGUUCUAAUCGUUCCUAACAUUGGACACCUCCAGGUUCUAUGUGCACUCUGCCUUCCUAGGAUCAUGUGAAGGACCCAAGAAUCCACAUUUGUAAAUCUGAAGGUUCUAGGUACUGCAGUUAAAAGACUGCGUGUUCUCAGUUCUCAGGGUCCACAGCCUAGAGUAUUAGGUACGAUUCCAGGGUUCUAACCUGAUAGGGUUCCUCUAUGUGCCCCUCCCCUUCUUAGGCACUGCCUUCGCUUCCUCCUCCCCCCAAGCCUGUGCAAUGCAUUAGGGAUGCCUCCUUCCCCACCACCCCGGGGGAUGGGCGGCUCCCUACUUUUGGGUCAUGCUGCCCCCAUGAGCCAGUCCCUUAUCGCCGGUGUACAAGUGUGGUCUCUGGUGCCUCCGGAGGAGCUGAGAGCACAUAAAACUUCGUAAUCUUC